UUUCCGAUUGUUGUUACUUGGGGGAGGAUGUGAGAUAUUAGACCGCUUCGUCAGUCUUCACAUAUCAAAAAGCGGAGGUCGGUCCAAGAAAAAGCAGCUAGGCGGGAUGAGGUCAGUGUUCUUUCUGUCGUUUCUGCUGAUCAUUUAUACGGCUGUUGCUGCUAAGAAUGAAGGAGACGACGAAUGGGUCCAUCUGCCCGACAGUUGUGAAGUGUGUAAAUUUGUCAGUAUCGAGAUGAAGUCUGCAUUUGAAGAAACAGGAAAAACCAAGGAAGUCAUCGACCGGAACUACCGCUUCAUAGAUAGCAAGGGAGCGCCGCCAAUCAAAUAUGUCAAAUCAGACCUGAGAUUCAUCGAGGUGGUGGAGAAUGUGUGCCAGAGGUUACUGGAGUACAAUCUACACAAGGAGAGAAGUGGCAGUAAUCGCUUUGCCAAGGGUAUGUCCGAGACCUUCUCCACUCUUCAUGGCUUGGUAAACAAAGGUGUAAAUGUGGUGAUGGAUAUUCCCUAUGAGCUGUGGAAUGAGACGUCAGCUGAAGUAGCGGAUUUGAAGAAGAGGUGUGACGUGUUGGUGGAGCAAUAUGAGGAAGUCAUUGAAGACUGGUACAAAGGAAGCCAGGAAGAAGACCUCACCACGUACCUGUGUGAGAAACAUGUGCUCAAGGGACAAGACACAGCGUGUCUGAGUGAAGAAUGGAACAAAAAGAAAGGAGACAACGCUUCCAUCGCAGAGGACAAGAAGAAAAAGAAAAAGAAGGGAGGGAAGAAGAGUAAGAGCAAAAAAGACAGUGGCAGCUCAGAGGGGGAAAAGACCAGCAAGAAAAAGAAGGAGAAGAAAGUAAAAAACAAAAGCAAAGCUCCAGUGGAAAGGACGGAAAAAGGGACGUCGGCAGCUGAGGAGAUCCAACCGAAGGUAUCACUGCCGGGGAAAAAGACAGAGUUGUGAUCCUGUGAGCUGAGGACGGACUGUUGUUCCCUGAUUUUGAGAUCCUGUUACUGUUCCUUUACCUCACUGGCCUGUACUUAAAUAGCAAGUUCAGUUGGAUUUUGAGUUGAAAGAGGAGUCAGCAUUGCUGCACUCAUGUCACCACAUAUGGAUUGAUCUGGAACAUUCAGCUCCUAAAAUUGUGAAUGAGGCAAAAUAUGACGUCAUGAAGUGAGUCUUUAACUAAUACUCUUUGUUUUGGAAAUGCUGUGAAAUGCUGUCACUCUUCUGGGAAGACCCUAAAACCAUAGAGGAGUAAUGACUGCAGAGAAAUUUGGUGGACUGUGGUGAGAGUGUUCCAGUCCUUGCGUCAUAUUUUAAUUUUGUGCUGAAUCGAUAUCAUCGGCUGACUACAACACUUGGUGCGUGUUCACUUCUUAUCUCCUGAAUGCUACAAUGCUUGUUUGAAAUCUUUAUCUCCAGCCUUCCAAACUUUUGUUGCUUGGAUUGGUAACAAAGUAACUGUUGCUGCAGUGUUUCACAGUGAGAGUCAGGUACCAAUGUUGAAUCUGUUGACCAGUUCGCUGGGAUCAGGACAUUGUCAAAGCUGUUGUCCCGUCAGUGUUGGGCCAUUCUGCACCCUUUCUAACACGCUGCUUUUCCUCAUGUCUGCAAGGCAGUUCUCACCUUCAUCAUCACUUCAGACUCUGGGAUGAUAAACCCUUUAUGAUUUUUUUUUAAGACUUUCUGAUAUACUUUCAAAAUAAUAGCUCUGGUUUCGGAAACUUUUAUCUCUUUGUUGCGGUCAUUUUUAACACAACCAGAACCUGUGGAGGACCUUUUUCACUAACAGAUUUUAAAGAAAUCUACCAUCACCUUUUGCUAUUUUUUUUUUUACUGUUUUCUGUGUUUGUUUUGAUUUAAUUGCUGGUAUUUAAGGUGUGUGUUGCUGUGUGUUUAGAGAAAUUGUUUUUAAACUCUGUGUUGUUUUGCUUUUGAAAUCAGGAUUUGAAAGAGCCGCUUCAAUAAACGUGUUUAAAACAAACUUUUUUGAACA